UCCAGCUCCCAUCCCUCCAGGACACAUCCCUCCAGGAUAUCCCUCCAGCUCCCAUCCCUCCAGGACACAUCCCUCCAGCUCCCAGUGAGGGAGGAGCAGUCGUGGGGAAGAUGAGCUGCAGCAGGUACCCCGUGGAUGUGAAGGCUGUUGGCUUCAUGCAAUGCAGGAAGCAGAAGAACUACAUGAUGUUCGUGACUUGGUCAGACCAGAACAACAUUCUCAUCUACCGGACAUUUGAAGACUUCAAGAAAUUCCAUAAAGAGCUGAAGAGAAAAUUCCCCAUGGAGAGUGGCUCCCUCAGGAGUUUACCCAGGUUUAAAGGUGUGAUUAUGCAGCACAGGAAGGGUGGGAAGCUGAACAGGUGCCUGGAGAUCCUGAAACUGCUGGAAACCUACUCCCAGGAGCUGCUGAAAAUGGACGCGAGAAUCUCCCAGGGGGGAGACGUGAAUCAGUUUUUCAAGGCUCAGACCCAGGACCUCGACCCCUCCUUCCCUGAAAACAGUGUUGUGAUCAUGCCAUCAGAAUUCAGAAGGGAAAAGAAGCAGCAGCCCAUCUCCAUCACCCUUCCCCAGGCGUCCCAGAGCUACCGCUGCGUCGAGAGCUUUGAAACCAAGGACACCAAGAACAGGAUGUUCACAGUGGCUCAGAAGGAAAUUGUUGAAGUGUUAAUCAAGGACAUGACUGGGUGGUGGCUGGUGGAAAAUGCAGACAAGCAGAUUGCCUGGUUCCCAGCCUCGUACCUGGAAGAGCUUGAUGUCCACGAGGACACCCAGAACACCUUUAGCUCAAAUGAGGAGGGCAGCCUGUACUUCGUGGUGCAGCCCUACGAGGCACAGAAGGCGGAUGAGCUCUCCCUGCACAGCGGGGUGGUCGUGGAGGUGCUCAGGAGCUCCGACAACGGCUGGUGGCUCAUCAGGUACAAUGGGAGCACAGGCUACAUGCCCUCCAUGUGCCUCCGGCCCUACAAGAACCCUCACCACAAGCUGCAGACCAUCAUCAACUCUGGGCUCAACGUCUCCACCCCAAACCUCUGCUCCUCCCUGUCGGCCCCCCAGCCCCGGGGUCAGGCCGUGGCACAGCCCAGGGCACAGCCUGGCUCUUCCUUCCACCUGAAUGAAGAAGAUGGGAGCUCUCAGAGGAGCAGAUCCAGGUCCCUGCCCAGGGCCAGCUCCACCUCGGACCUGGAGUCAGAGAGCUCCUCCCUGAGCUCUGGCAGCAGCAGCGAGCAGGGCGCCCACCUGAGCUGGAAGCCCGACCUGUCCCGCUCUCUGCCCGAAGUGGAGCAGGACAGGUGCUCCUCUGCCCUGGCCACGCACAGCACCAAGUCCCCACGCCUCACCCUCAGGGACAGGAACGACUCUGGCUUCGUGGAGUCGUCUGCAGCCGACCUGAGCUCACCCCUGCCCGACCCCGACCUGGCCACGAGCGUCCCCAAGGUGCCGGCGCGGCCCUCGGCCCACGAGAUCCUGCAGAGGUGCAGCACCGUCACCAAACGGGCCCUGCAGGGACACAGCCCCCGGCCUGGCAUGCAGGCACUGGUGCCCAGCCUGCACUAGAGGGGACAGGGGACAGGACACAGCCCGGGCAGAGCCAGGCACCCCUCACCAGAGCCCCGUGGGAACAUCAGCCCCUGGACUGUGGCUUCCCAAGGACACCACUGGAUCCCAAGGAAUACACCCACUGACAUCCAUCCCCUCCUUGGGCAGCACCCAUUCCUGCUGCAGCUUCACAGGGAGACUGGGAGCCAGAAGGGAGUUACUGGGAAAGGAUUGAGUGGUUUAACUCCUCAGGGGAGUCAGGGCAGCUGCGGAUCCAUCCAGCAGCUCCUAAGUUAGAGGUCACUUGGAAUUCAGUAAGUUCUCCCUCAGGCAGGUGUUCAUCCUGCCAUGCAGGAUGUGAACAGUUGAACAUUUCACAGUCACUGUUGCAUUAUUCCCCACACCAGGUGAGCUGCAGCCACCCCAGAGGGCAGAGAAGUGGCACCAGAGUGACUCAGAGUCACCAAUGGCAGCCCAAGCUACAGUUACUGGAUUGUGGGAGGGAAGGGAUGAUGCAGCUGUGAUGUCAUUUACCUGAACCCCAUAUUUAACAUAUAUAUAUAUAUAUAUUUAAACUGUUUAGGUUUUGGUGUUGGUGUGGAGUUUGGUUUUUUACAGCUUAGAUCAAUUUAGGUGGUGGAGAGGCCACCAGAUGGAUUGGCUGCAUCUGCUGAAUGGCUGUGAGAACAAAAAACCUGCUGGGAAGGAACCUCAUCCCUGGCUGUUCCCUCCAGCCACAAACAAGGGUGGCUGUGCAGA